AUGUCAAUGAUAAUUGCACAAAGCCCUAAAACGUAUUUCGGUGCGGGAGACAUUCAAAAGUCAUUGGGUUCUCUUCCUGGAUUCCCAUGGUCAAAAUAUCCCGGAGAAAAACAUCUCCCAGGCCACAAUUAUACAGGUCCAGACAUGAGAUUAGAUAGGCGUUUAGACGAAAAUGAUAAUCCCAAACCAGCGGAAGAACCCGUUAAUAGAGUUGACGCAGCAGCGCUCAAACACGACAUACUGUACAGAAACAAAGACGUAACAUUCAGACACCAAGCAGACAAACAUAUGAUAGACGAACUCGAAAAUAUUCCCAAUCCCACUUUCAAAGAGAAAUUACUGCGGGCUCUUAUCAUAAAACUCUUGAAGGCAAAAUUGAAAUUGGGAAAAAUAAUUUUAAUGAAAGACAAUUUCCAAGAAAUAAAAAGAUCGAGAGUUGGUAGAGGAGGAACUGAUCUACUUAAAAAGAUAAAUGAUUACGAAGGCGAUAAUUGUUACAUACCUACAGAUGGUCACUGUUUUAUCAAAUGCGUCAAUCGUGUUUUAAACGAAGACUACACGAGAGAAUUUCAAGAAUACAUCAACGGGUUUUCAAAAGCAAAUAGGAAAGGAGUGAUGACUUGUGCUAGAAUGAAGGAAUUCAACAAGAAAUUCAACACUUCGUUUCAAAUUUAUAAUCCCAAAAACAGACAUUUUCAUCCCAGAGACGUUCACGAUGAAUUAGAUUGGGUUUUUUACUUACACAACUCGCAUUUCUGUCUGAUUAGAAGAAGCCAAAAAAGUUUGGGAAUUCAAGAAAUAGAAAACAAUUACGAACAGGUGUGGAAAACGUGUAGAGACGAUUACGCAGUAACACAGGUUUCACCUCUCAAACUAAACGUGCUUUCGAGUAUGAGUGAUGAUGCGUUAUUCGCUUGGGAUUGCGAAACGUAUUCAGAAAAAGACACGCGAAGAGCAAUUCCUUAUGCCUGCACUUUAAUUAAUUUAGAAAAACUAAGGAAAAUGUUAAACAGAAUAAAUAAUCUCUUUCCAGAUUUAAAGUCAUCAGAUCCCCUUCCAGAAGAAUUUUAUGAUAAACUAAUGAAUGUAGUAGAAAUAUUUAUAGGCACAGAUUGCAUCGAUCAAAUGUUGAAAUAUUUAGAAUACAGCGCAAGCAAAAAAGACAAAACGGAGGUUCAUUCGAGACUUAAAAAAAUAGAAUGUACUAAACUAAUGGCAUUUGAUGCUAACGGUUUAUACGCUUCCGCCAUGUCGGAUUUAGACAGUGAAUAUCCGAGAGCGGAAAGUGGAAGACCGUUUCUACCAGAAGAAGAAAAAGAAUUUGUAAAACUCUUCAAUAAACAAAAAUUCAGACCUAGAACAGCUAUUUUAACAGUGUGGUUUGACUAUCCCAAAAACAUGUUCUUCCAACCGAUACCAGCUAAAGAUAAAAUCACUUUUACGAAUAAAGAAGGUAAAAGGAAACGGGUAACAAAAUCAGGUUCAGAAAUGGUUUCUGUCACGACGUUUUAA